AUGCGAGCAGCAUGCAGUGGCCCCGCGUUGCAAAGCCCGCCGGCGCAGAGACGACAGUACUCGAGAUCUGCCCCUCCCACGUCCUGGCUCCCGGUUCCCUUUGUGACCGAAACAAUAGCCGGCCUGACGCACACGACAGACCUGUUCUCCCGCCUUCUCAAGGAGCGAAUUGUCGCAGUCUAUGGCGAAGUCGACGACCGCAUGGCUGGCACGGUCACCGCAUCCCUAUUAUACCUCGAGGCCGAAUCUGACCGUCCUAUUUCAAUGUACAUCAACUCUCCUGGCGGGAGCGUCACGGCCGGCCUCUCGAUCUACGACUGCAUGAACUACAUCGUCCCCGAGGUCUCAACGCUCGUGCUUGGCCAGGCCGCGUCCAUGGGAAGUCUGCUCCUCGCGGGAGGCGCGGCUGGCAAGCGUUACUGCCUGCCCCAUUCGAGCAUCAUGCUCCAUCAACCCAGCGGCGGCCACUACGGUACCGCAGCGGACAUUGCGAUCCACGCGAAGGAGAUCCUUCGGAUACGCACGCAGCUGAACAGGAUCUACGAGCGGCAUCUGACGGGCAAGAAGAAGAUGACGGUCGACGAGAUCGAGAGGAUGAUGGAGCGGGAUUACUUCCUGAGCGCGGAGGAGGCGCUGGAGCUGGGCGUGGUGGAUGAGAUUUUGGCCAGCAGGAAGAAGAAACCCGAGACGACGACGACGGCCGAGGAAACGUGA